AUGGGAGACUCAGCUGGCGUAGUCUCGGUGCCACCGAAAAGCAUCAAGUUCGCCAUAGAUCGUGGCGGGACAUUCACAGAUGUUUGGGCGUCGGUUCCAGGACAAAAGGAUAUCGUCCUCAAGCUCCUUUCAGUCGACCCGGAUAAUUACGACGAUGCGCCCUCCGAAGGGAUCCGAAGGGUGCUGGAGAUCGUCUCGGGGCAGGAGAUCAGUCGUCGAAGUCCCAUACCGAAGGAUCUCAUCCAUUCCAUACCACUGCUCGAGAGGAAAGGCAGGCGCCAUGCCUUCAUUGUAAGCAAGGGUUUCGGUGAUCUGAUUGAGAUUGGACACCAAUCUAGACCAAAGCUGUUUGAACUUGGCAUCAGAAAGCCGGAGCUACUUUAUUCAGAAGUUUUCGAGAUCUCAGAGCGCAUCACCGUGGAGUGCUUCGACGAAGACACGACAAACUCGCGGCCGGCUCCAAAGGAAUCACCUGGUCUAUUCGUCAGGGGCAUCACCGGGGACAUCCUCCGCAUCUUGCAACCCUUGGACGAGGCAGAAGUCACCACAAAGCUCAAGACGUUGAAAGCUAAAGGGAUUGACACUUUGGCGGUCUGCCUCGUGCAUUCGUACUUGUAUCCCAAGCAUGAAGAGAGGAUCGCAGAAAUCGCCAAGGGCUUGGGCUUCAACCAUGUCUCGAUCUCUUCAGAGGUUGGGGCGAACAUGAUCAAGAUGAUAUCACGCGGCAGCUCAGCCUCGGCGGAUGCCUACCUGACUCCAGAGAUCGUCCAGUACGUGGAUGGCUUUGCCCGAGGUUUCGACGGCGGCAACCUUGACGGAGUCUCUUGCGAGUUCAUGCAGAGCGAUGGCGGCCUUGUUAGUCAUAAGAACUUCAAUGGCCUCCGGGGUAUCCUGAGUGGCCCGGCAGGCGGUGUUGUAGGGCACGCGCGGACUUCUUACGAUGGCCAGUGUCCCGUCGUCGGCUUUGAUAUGGGCGGAACAUCCACAGAUGUCAGCCGGUACGGCGGAUCCUUCGAGCUUGUCUUUGAGACUGUCACGGCUGGUGUAUCGAUCCAAAGUCCUCAGUUGGAUAUCAACACUGUUGCCGCAGGAGGAGGAAGCAUGCUGUUUUGGAAGAACGGAAUGUUCAAAGUUGGCCCAGAAAGUGCGGGAGCACAUCCAGGCCCGGCUUCCUAUCGCAAAGGCGGUCCACUGACGGUCACCGAUGCCAACCUCUUCCUGGGGAGACUUGUCCCCGAAUACUUCCCUGCCAUCUUCGGUCCCGAAGAGAGCCUCCCACUUGAUUCCAAUAUUGUAGCGCAGAAAUUCAAAGAGAUCACGGCGAAGAUCAAUGCCGACGCGGGGAGAUCGAUGACACCAGAAGAGGUCGCUCAUGGUUUCAUUGACGUUGCAAACGAGUCGAUGUGCCGUCCAAUUCGAGCUCUGACCGAGGCCCGAGGAUUUGAGACCGCUCAACACAACCUGGCUACCUUUGGUGGCGCCGGUGGUCAACACGCCUGUGAGAUUGCAGCCAAGCUGGGCAUCCGUCGGGUCGUCAUGCAUAAAUACUCAAGCAUUCUGUCGGCCUAUGGAAUGGCUCUUGCGGAGGUCGUACAAGAAGCAAGAGAGCCUAGCUCGGAAAGUCUAGGAGAAGACGCAUUGGUGCGAUUGGAGGAGAAGUUUAACCUUCUGAGGCAGCGGGCGUCUGAUGGCUUGCUUGCUCAGGGAAUCACGACCUCAUCUAUCGUACAUGAGGAGUAUUUGAACCUGCGAUAUCAUGGCACCGACACCAAUUUCAUGAUUCUUCGACCCGCGGAUGGCGACUGGCUGACUGCUCUGGAGAGGGAACAUUAUCGAGAGCUAUCCUUCACUUUCCCUAGGUCAAGAAGAGUCCUGGUCGAUGAUGUCCGCGUCCGUGGAAUCGGGAAGAGUGGGGAGGUCACCAAAGACAGUGACACUUUGAUCCAAGAAAUGAGCGAGCUUGACUUCCAAGACCACUCCAAAAAUGUCAAUAUGAUGAAAGAAGUCUAUUUCGCAAAUGGCGGCCGCCAAGAGACCAAAAUAUUCCGUCUCGAUGACUUGAAGCCUGGGAGCAUGAUUCCCGGACCGGCCAUCAUCAUCGACAACACUCAGACAAUCAUCGUCGUACCCGGAGCAAAAGCCAAGGUGCUCACGUUUAUGGGAAUAGCAGAGGAGAUGGGCAGGACGCUCCAAAAGACUAGCAUCUCGCUGAACAUCAAGGAGCGGCUGGACUUCUCGUGUGCCAUCUUUAGUCCGGAUGGUGAGCUCGUGGCCAACGCACCGCACGUGCCAGUGCACCUCGGAAGCAUGAGCUAUGCGGUGCAAUAUCAGCAUCAGCUACACCGCGGAAAGCUGAAGUCGGGUGAUGUGCUUGUUUCAAAUCACCCGGAAUCUGGAGGGACACACCUGCCAGACAUAACCGUCAUCACACCGGUAUUCGAUGACGAAGCCAAGACGAUUUGCUUUUACACUGCAUCAAGAGGUCACCACCUGAACAUUGGCGGAUAUAGAGGCAACUCCAUGCCACCUGACUCUGUUGAGCUCUGGCAAGAGGGCGCCUCGAUCAAGUCAUUCUUCCUCGUGAGAGAUGGCCACUUUGACGAAGAAGGCAUCACAGCCAUUCUUCUCGAGCCGGGCAAUUUUCCCGGCUGCAGUGGCUCGAGAAACCUGGGCGACAACCUAUCGGAUCUCAGGGCUCAGGUUGCUGCCAACACCAAAGGCAGCAACUUGAUCAAGGACUUGAUGAAAGAGUACAGCCGCCCAGUCGUUCAUUUCUACAUGAAGAAGAUACAGGAAAACGCCGAGGUGGCUGUCCGAGAAUAUCUCAAGUCCGCGUACCGACGUUUCGGGUCCAAACCUCUGACCGCCACGGAUUAUCUGGACAACGGCUCGACGAUGACGGUUGCAAUCAGCAUUGAUGAGACGGGCUUCGCAACUCUGGACUUUACUGGCACCUCGUGCGAGAUGCUUUCCAACAUGAACGCCCCACCUGCUAUCACGUACUCGGCUCUGAUCUACACACUGCGCCUCCUCAUUGGCUCUGACAUUCCCCUGAACCAAGGCUGCUUAGCCCCAACCAAAGUCAUUCUCCCAAAGAACACCUUCCUCAACCCUUCCUCCAAAGCCGCAGUCUGUUGCGGCAACACCCUCACCUCGCAACGGCUCGUGGACCUCCUGCUCAAAGCCUUCCAAGCCGCCGCCGCCUCCCAGGGGUGCAUGAACUGCUUCGGCUUCUUCGGCAACUGCCUCGAGCCAGGUGGCAAGGAAGACACAAACAACCAGCGCGAUGACAGCAGCGGGUUCGCCUUUGGCUACGGCGAGACCGUCUGCGGCGGCGAGGGCGCGGGCCCGACCUGGCACGGCGCGUCGGGCGUGCAGGUGCACAUGACCAACACGCGGACCACGGACGUCGAGAUCAUCGAGAAGCGCUACCCCGUGCUGCUGCGCGAGUUCUCCAUCCGCGAGGGGAGCGGCGGCGGCGGGCGGUUCCGCGGCGGCAGCGGCGUCGUGCGCGACUGGGAGUGCCGCUACCCGCUGACGUUCGGCAUCAUCUCGGAGCGGAGGGUCCACCGGCCGUUCGGGAUGCACGGCGGAGGGGCUGGGGAGAGCGGCGCCAACUAUUGGGUGCAGAGGUUGGAAGAUGGUGGCGAGAGGUGGGUUGACAUUGGGUCGAGGGGCCAGAUCAACAUGAAGACUGGUGACCGCUGUGUGAUUCACACGCCUGGAGGAGGUGGCUGGGGAGUGCCCUGCGAUGAGGCAGCAUCCUCGACUGACUUGGACGAGGUAGUAAAGGACACUGACGGACCCCCGCACGUGAAGUCCGCUUAUCCGCGCGCAGCUGGGAGCUUUCAUAACUUCUCUGCCGCUCAGGAGGCAUCCUCCUAG